GGCUCCGCGGGUGCCAUGUCCUCGCUGGUGAAGGAGGACUUGGCGAAGAGGCUGUUCGGGCCCCGGCGGCAGAGGCUGCACGAGUUCAUCGAGGUGGAGGGCGCGGGUGCCCAGCGCUACUACCUGUGCGCCGCAGAACACUGGAAGAUACUCAAACCCAGAAAUUAUGUCAUUUUGACUACAAGUAAAGAAGUAGAAAUAUGUAUGGUGAAACACUGGCGAGUGAAUCGAGAGGAGAAAUAUGAAAUAGUUGAAAAGUGGUUUUUGAAAGAUCUGGAGAUGAUUGAUGGAAAAGAAGCAGAUACUGAUAAUCCAUAUUUUGAUAUGCACUUCCACAAGAUCUACAAUAUGGAAGCAUAUAGUUGUGCAUCUAAAUAUACCUUUGCUCGAACACUAAGCAAUCUGAAUGCAAUGUACCUUAAGAAGGACUUGAAGAUUGUGAACUUUGAUGACACCUACCUAAAUGAUGAUUCAAUCUGGUCAUCCAGUAAUAGGGAUUGCUUAGUAGUUAUGAGGAUGUGCUUCUAUGCUUCCAACCUUUUAUGUCUCUCCCUGUGUCCUUUGUCCUGAAGAUGCAUUUUCUAACAUUAACGUGACUGGUUGACUUUCACUGACCAGCAUUUCAUAUACCAUCUGAUCAAAAAGAUAGUAAGUGAUAUGCAGUAUCUGCUUUUUAGGUUUACAUGUAAGUAAAAAAUUGAGCGUACUUUUUACAUAAACAAUUGACCAUUUAUAUAUAUUGGGAGGGCCUCAUUCUAGCAAAUACCUACAAAUACAUGAGACUCACAAGGUAGAACCAGUAAUUCUCACAGUCAGUAGUCAUUGCUUUUGUAAGUAGAGUUCAGCAUUUUCUCAUAUAUUCAUGGAGGUAUAGAUUAUCUUUCAUUAAUAGCUAAAAUCAUUUUACAGCAUUAAGAGCAUAAACAGUUAAUUUAUAUCCUAGAAGUAGAAAAAAGAAAGCAACCAAUUGAGGUCUGUAUAAGAAUGAUGCACAUUUCCAUUUUCAAAUGUGUUAAAAUGCAGAACUCCAUUAAAGAAAUCAUACCUACAUCUGUAUAAGAAUCCAACCCUCAUCCUGAUGAAUUGGAGUAUUGCAUUUAGGUAUCAUGGGACCAACUUUUUACCUAUGCAGCUAUAUUAUUUUUCCUACUGAACAUUUAGUGUGCCCUUUGGCCUUCACAUUUGUGGUACUGUCCUAGAUAAUAAAUGUUCUUAAGCAGCAUUGCUUUAUUUGUCACACCUUUCAGAACUUUUGUAUCAUUAAAGUCUCCUUUCUAGCACUUCAGUGCUUAUAAACAGGCAAGGUUAAGGAACAGAAACUGUUUAUGUCUCUGCCUCUGGACCAAGAGAUAACAAAGUACUAUGUAAACAAUAGUCGUUGGCUACUCCACUUACUUUGUAGGAAAGUGAUAGACUUUUCAAAAUUCAUAGAAUUAUGAGAGUUAUUUUCACCAGUUUUUAGCUAAUGUUAACAUAUUCAGUGCGCUACUUAGAGUUACAUUUACAAUGGGCUGGAACCUACUUGAAUGUUUGGAACAUUUCAUAAAAAGUUACAGCUGGACUUGUGAUAGUAGUAUAUUACAGUAGAAACAGAGGAUGAAUUUAAGCUGUAUUGAAGCAGGAGCUGAAGGGGAACAAUGUUAAUAGUAAGAAGCACAGUGAUACUGCCUGGUGUCAGUCAGCAAUGCUCAUUGGCUGUUCAACCCGUAAUCAAUAAAGAAAUGCCAACCCAGAAGGUCAUUCAGAGAAGCUUCUGGUCAGAACAUCCUACAGGAGAAAAUCACUUUCUGUUUUGGCAGCCAAGAGAGUAUAGGAAGGCUAGCUGUGGACUAAACCAGGUGUGGACCUAAAGCUGACUGAUGACAGCUCCUAGGAAAUCAGAGGCUGCUUCAUGUCCCCUCUCAGCACCUGCCAUCUGUACAACUGGAUAGUCACACAAGGGUCCUGUGACUUGUACUUUGCUGUUGUCUUUCACAUGAACUCCCAGCUUUGAAAACAUUUGUGCAAAUGUACUUUGGAUUCAAAAUUAAAAUAACAUCCAAUAACUGAAAAUAUAUUUGAAAAACUGUAAAAUGUACAGCUUUCUACUUUUAAAAUGUUACCCUAUUGCGUGUAUAUAGGAAAGGCCAUACCUUUGAUUAGCUGAUCUUCAGAAGUUAUAUAUUUAUUCUAGGCAGAUGUUGCAAAUUACAUGCAUUCUAAUACAAAUCUUAGUAAUUAUGUAUAUCAUGACAGUUGUGAAAGCAGUUUAUGUGGGUAACACAUCCUCUGGAACUUGUAAGAACUUAAGUCUUAAAUUUGCCACCUACAUACUGUUAAAGAGAAGGAUUGUAUUUAUAGUAAUUGUUUGUGAAAAUCAGUUGUUCUUUUGAGAAUGUCUUUGGGAUAAUCCAUUGCCAGUAUGUGUGUUGUGACAUUUGAUUAUUAGCUACAAGAAGUAUUUGCCUAACAUCCAGGUUCCACAAAACCAUCUUCAAUAGCAAGUAUAAUUCAUGCUACUGCUAUCCCUGAUACAUUAUCUUGUUUGAACCAUGUAUUAAUUGUUUAGAUCACAAUGUUUUCUGUAAUGUGUACAAAUUCUUUGCUUAGUAGGCACAAGGAAAUGUUUUCUGGGUAGAAAAGCUUCCAUCAUUCACCUCAUAAUUGUAAUAAAGACAUAGAACCUCUAAAAAUGAGCACUUCAGAUCACUCUUCUGAAAUAAAGUACAUAUAUAGUGAAUUCCUGACCCAAUAAUUGUCUGUAUCACGUUAGAAACUGAUGAUAGCUAAAAAAUUACUAUAAUGUUCAGCCACAUUUAAUGGACUUUCUUUGGUAGUUUAUAUAUUUUUAUUCUUGUACUGUAUAAACAGCUGCACCACAGGACACAGAGAAUAUGCUGUUAUAAAUGGAAAAGACCUAACAGGCUAAAUAGUCCAUCUUUCAGUUAAUGCAGAGUUAUAUCCUGCAUCACAUUUCCUGAUCUUGGAUAAGUAGAAUGUAGUUUGAAAUACAGUAUCAGGGGUUUAUCUAGUUGUCCUGGAAGUCUUCUCCAAAAUUGAAUAGGAACAAACUCUUGUGAAUAAAUAAAUCUGUUGCAUUCUUAUAAAAGGUUUCAGCUACAGGAUGGAAUGAAUUAAAACUUGAGAUUGUGGUUAUAAUGCAGAUUUUCUUCAGAAGAUGGGAAUUGCUAUCAGCCAUAUCUGUUACAGAGAAAAGAAAAUAUGUACCAGCCUGAAAAUGAAGAAGAGUGAUCAUAAGCAUCACAGAAGAGGCAAAAAGGCUAUCAUAAAGACUGAUCAUGUUUUUUCCUGUAUGUAUUUUUUAAAACUCUUUAACCAACAUCAGAAUUAAGAAUGUGGGGAAACCUAUGACAAAAGAGUUUAUUUAAUUUUAUUUAUUUAAAGCAGAAGUACUCUUCUCCUGUGUGUUUAUCUUUCAUGGAUAACUAAUAAUUUCCUACAUUUUAAAUUAGGCAAAUACAGAAUUUUAAAAGUAAUUUUGUAAGUGAAACAGAGCAGAGUGCCUCUUCUGGACUGUGUCUUUUGUGUUAUUUCUCAUUCUUCUUCUCCUUUGUGCUUUGGAGUCAUACAUAUAGUAAUACACCUCUUUCCAACACAAGACUAUACUGCUUUCCCUGUCAUCUACCUAUUUCCCAAUAGAUUCAGUCACUUUCAGCAUAUAAAUAUUUUUCUAGUAAAGCAAGGGAUUUUAUUAUGUAAUCUUAAAUACAUAAUUUAAGAAUAUUUUGUCUUAAAGUCAGUAUCGUAAGAUCAAAGGUCCUUUCUAAAGAGCA